AUGCUGGUGGGAACACUGCAUGGCCUGCUGCUCCUCUGCCUGGUUGAGGAGGGCAUCAGCAAAGUCAGAAGAUACUACAUCGGUGCAGUGGAAACCGCCUGGGACUACACACACAGCCAGCUGCUCUCCGUGCUGCAAGCACCUGCAGGUAUGUCCAGGCCCCCAGGCCCAUGGCCCCCCACGCCUGAUGUCCCUCCCCAGUACAGGAAGGCUGUGUUUGUGGAGUACCCUGAUGCCUCGUUCACGCAGCCCAAGCCCAAGCCAGCGUGGAUGGGUCUCCUGGGCCCCACCAUCCGAGCAGAAGUCUAUGACACAGUGGUCAUCACGUUUAAGAAUCUGGCCUCCCGCCCAUACAACCUCCAUGCUGUUGGGGUGUCCUACUGGAAGGCAUCAGAAGGUGCAGGUUAUGAGGAUGAGACCAGCCAGCCAGAGAAAGAGGGUGAUAAGGUGGAUCCAGGGAAGACACAUACAUACAUCUGGGAAAUUCAGCAGAACCAGGGCCCAACAGAUGGUGACUCGCCAUGCCUGACCCACUCCUACUCCUCCAACACUGACAGUGUGAAGGACAUCAACUCUGGCUUGAUUGGAGCCCUGCUUGUGUGCCGACCUGGGACCCUGACGAGCAGUGGGAACCAGGAUGUGCAGCAAGAGUUUGUGAUGCUCUUCGCAGUGUUUGAUGAAGGGAAAAGCUGGUACUCUGAGCCUGGCUCCCCAGCAGCUCCUCAGUCCCUGCUGCACAAGAAGAUGGAUCUUCACACCAUCAAUGGCUACAUCAAUGGCUCACUGCCUGGUCUCACACUGUGCCUCAAGAAGCAGGUCCACUGGCAUGUUAUUGGGUUGGGCACUGGGCCAGAAGUCCACUCUAUCUUCUUUGAAGGCCACACAUUCCUGGUGAGAGGCCAUCGUCUCAGCAGCCUAGAAGUCUCUCCUGCCACGUAUCUUACAGCCCAGACCAUGCCAGUAACAGCUGGCUGGUUUCGGAUGUACUGCCAGAUACUGUCCCAUCAGCAAGCUGGCAUGGAGGCCCUUGUGAAGGUGGAGGAGUGUUUGGAGGAGCGCCUGGUGAAGAUGGGGAAGCAGUCAGUUGAGGCAGAGUACACGGAUUACCCUGAAGAAGAUGAGGAAAGUUACCACGUGAUCCAGGUGCGCUCCUUUGCCAAAGAGAAGCCCGUGACCUGGACUCACUACAUCGCGGCUGAGGAGGUGGACUGGGACUAUGCCCCCACCAAGCCAGUGUCUCUGGACAGAAACAUCACCAGCCUGUUCCUGGAGCCUGGCCCUCAGCGGGUGGGUUCAAAAUACAAGAAGGUGGUGUACGUGGAGUACGAGGAUGCCACCUUCAGGAAGCGCAAGGUGUCGGAUCAGCCGGACAAGGGAAUUCUGGGCCCCGUCAUUAAGGGUGAAGUUGGAGAUCAGUUUAAGAUCGUUUUCAGGAACCUGGCAAGCCGACCCUACAACAUCUACCCUCAUGGCCUCACCAGCGUGGGCCCAUUCCACACCCUGAGGCUCUCUCAAGGUAAGGAGGUGAAGGACAUCCCUAUUCCCCCUGGACAGUCGUUCACCUACAGCUGGAGGGUGACCAGCGAGGACGGCCCCACGCCGGCAGAUCCGCGCUGCCUCACCCGUUUCUACUACAGCUCCAUCCACCCCGAGCGAGACGUGGCCUCGGGCCUGAUCGGGCCCCUCCUGGUCUGCUCCAAGAAGUCCAUGGAUCAGAGGGGAAAUCAGAUAAUGUCAGACAAAACCAGGUUUGUGCUGUUUUCUGUCUUUGAUGAGAACCGCAGCUGGUACCUGGAGGAGAACAUCAGGCGGUUCUGCACCGACCCAGACCACGUGGAGACCCAGGACCCCCAGUUCUAUGCCUCCAACGUGAUGCACACUAUUAAUGGCUUUGUGUUUGACAACCUCCAACCAAAACUCUGCCUGCAUGAUGUUGUGUACUGGUAUGUCCUGAGUGUUGGAGCCCAAACAGAUUUCCUCUCCAUCUUCUUCUCUGGAAACACAUUCAAGCACAACAUGGUCUUUGAGGAUGUGCUUACCCUUUUCCCAUUUUCUGGAGAAACUGUCUUCAUGAGUUUGGAAAAGCCAGGCAUCUGGAUGCUGGGCUGCCUGAAUCCUGACUUCAGGGACCGAGGGAUGCGUGCCAAGUUCACCGUCUCACAGUGCCAACAGGAGCAGUACCCUGAUGGGGAGGAAGAUUAUGUGGAUUAUGAUGAGGAGCAGGAAACCUUCGACUUCCAACCCAGGGGCUUCUCUAAAAGGAAGAAGUGGCACAGGCCGUGUGUGAAUGAGCAACUGAAUAAUGUCACCUCUUCCAGAAAUGAGACAGAGAAGCCAAGAUUGUGCUUGACAGAACCCAGCCCUGGGGCCCUCCUGGGCAAUGGCAGGAUGUCUGAUCCACCUUCCAAUAGCACAUCAACAUUUUUAGGAGCAAUCCCACAUCCACCUGGUAUUUCAACACCUUCCUUACAAGAGACAAACGAUGAGCCAGUGUCCUAUGAAUCCUUCCUGGAAGAUGAAAAGGGAUUGUCAGAAAUCAUCAGCCAGGAUAAAGGGUUUGGGGCUGUCCCACCUGGAGAACACUUGACAAGCAUCAAUGGAAGGGUCCAUGGUACCGUGGGCACAGAAGAAGGUCAGCAAUGGCUGCACCAAGCCACGCCAGCUCCAGAAGAUGCUCUGGCAGGAAAGAAUAUGACAAAAAUCUCAGAAGUGCGGGAGCCAGUAAGAAGGACAAUGGUCCAGUCUGGAAGUACAUUAGAGAACCUGGAAGCAGGGCCUCUAAAGACAACUACUCCAGCAACAAGCUUGUGGGCUUCAAUUGCUUAUGCUGCUAGCAAAGCUGCUCUUCAACAGAACAAGAGCUCAUUUCACCAGAAUGACCUGGAGCACAAUCUGGGACUUCAAGACAAGUCUUCACAUGGUCCUGAGGACGAGUUGCUAAGGGGAGCUGAUAACAUAACCUUAAAUCUGUAUGGGUCAAAGGAGACAAUCAAUACAGAACCAUUUUUAAGUACUGAUCAUACCUCUUCCUCCACAGUGGACAAUCCUUCUGCAUCUUCAGAUGAGACAGGAGACAACAGGACUUCUCAUGCUGUCAUUCACAGCCACACCAGAGAAAGCAAUUAUUCAUCAAAAGAGCUACAUGCUAGGCUGGAAAAAACACCUCAUGAAGUGAUUUCACAAGGCUUCAAUGAAUCUUUUGAAGGGAUUAAUGUUUCAGACCUGGGACCCAGAAAACCUGUCCAAGAAGAAAUCCUCACAAAUGAGAGUAACUCCUUGCCUGCAGAAAGUGGCACAGAGCAAGAGACCAAAGCCACCUUUGUAAGCACCAAUGACCUUGAGCCUUCCAGCUACAUAACAACAGAAGAGAAGGAUGAAUUAAUCUUGGAGGCAGUGUUUCAGGACGUCACAGCCACUAAGGAGAUGACAGAGAUGGACAGUCUUGCCUUUCCUGAAUUGAAUGUUAUGGACAAUGACACAAGGAAGCACCCAAAUUCUUUCUUGAACAGCCCUGAGCCAGUUCUGAGACACAGAGCUCCAGCCCCAAACAUGAGUGGCCCCGACUGGGGGCCUCAACCAGCCCAGUCACGGGAGAGUAGAGGCUUGAUGGAUGGUUUGAGUCUUCCUAACACCAGUUGGCCUGGCAGCAGGGACCCCCUCUCUGAAGGUAACAGAACAGAGCAGGAUCUGGCCAACCAGACCCUUGAGACAGCACACUCACCUCAAAAAGAGAUGGAGAUGGCAGCAAGCAGCUCAGAAACACAGGGUGCUGCUGUGGCUGCAGACCUGGCCUCAAACUGGGACCCAGUCUCCCUGGGAGCAGUGGAACAGGCUGGGGGCUUGCAGAGCCCAGCUUUGGCUGGACUGCAGCCAGGCAGAGGUGCUGUCUGGGGGGCUCCUGGGAGUGAGCCAGCUCAGGGGAGAGGCCAGAUGGAGGAGGAGACAAACUCUGUGGAGCAACUGGGUCACUCCAGUCUUCAGUCUCAGCAGCUCAAGGACAAUGCCAUGCAGGGCUAUGUGUCUGAGGCCACAUCUGGGCAAAGCCCCGAAGAAAUCCCUCUGAGACCAGCCUCCAAAGGAAACUACUCCCUGUCUGCAAGCAGCCUCACUCACAAUCACAGCACUACUAAAAUACCAGACAAAUACAUGCCAGCCAGUCCAGAGGGACAGCAGGUGCUUGGUGGGGAAGAUGUCCUCAGAGAAACUGGAAAGAGAGAGGGCCAGGGCCUGGGAGAACCCAGGGAGUAUGGGACAAGCAAUAGCACGGCUGGGAAAAGGAGCCAUGCCCCAGAACAUAGGGAGAGACUGGCUCUGAACAACGGCAGCCAUUCCAGCUCCUGGAGGCCAAAGGCUGACAAGCAGGACUAUGAUGAGUACAGCAACACAGAGCAGACCAUGGAGGAUUUUGACAUCUAUGAGGACGAGGAGCACGACCCGCGCUCCUUCCAGGGGGCGGUACGGCAGUACUUCAUUGCAGCAGUGGAGGUGAUGUGGGAGUAUGGGAACCAGAGACCCCAGCACUUCCUCAAAGCCAUGCACCCAUGGAGCGGCAGGAGGAAGCCGUUCCGGCGGUACCGCAAGGUGGUUUUCCGGGAGUACCUGGACGAUUCCUUCACGCAGCCACUGCAACGGGGAGAGCUGGAUGAGCACUUGGGCAUCCUUGGGCCGUACAUCAGGGCAGAAGUUGAAGAUGUCAUCAUGGUUCAUUUCAAGAACCUGGCCACGAGGCCCUUCUCCUUCUAUUCCAAACUAAAAGCCUAUGAGGGGGGGCAGGACACGCCGCAGGAUGGAGAGGGGGUGCAUCCUGGAGAGGUCCGGAAGUAUUCCUGGAAAGUUCCCCCCCAGAUGGCACCCACCACACAGGAGUUUGACUGCAAGGCCUGGGCUUACUUCUCCGACGUGGACCUGGAGAAGGACCUGCACUCAGGCCUCAUUGGGCCACUGAUCAUCUGUCGCCGCGGGGUGCUGAACUUCGUUUUCAGGCGUCAGCUGGCAGUGCAGGAGUUCUCCCUGCUCUUCACCAUCUUUGAUGAGACCAAAAGCUGGUACUUCCUGGAGAACAUGGAGAGGAACUGCCGCCCUCCCUGCCGCAUCCAGCAGGACAACCCUGACUUCAAGAAAAACCAUUCCUUCCAUGCCAUUAACGGCUACGUGAGUGACACACUGCCUGGGCUGGUGAUGGCUCAGCAGCAACGGGUCCGAUGGCACCUCCUGAACAUGGGCAGCACUGAGGAUAUCCACUCCAUCCACUUCCAUGGGCAGCUGUUCAGCGUCAGGACUAGCCAGGAGUAUCGCAUGGGAGUCUACAACCUUUAUCCUGGUGUCUUCGGGACAGUGGAGAUGUGGCCCUCACAUGCUGGGAUCUGGCAGGUGGAGUGCAAAGUGGGAGAGCACCAGCAAGCUGGGAUGAGUGCUCUCUUCCUCGUCUACAACCUGAACUGCCGAAAUGCCCUUGGCCUGGCCUCGGGCUACAUCGCAGACUCUCAGAUCACAGCAUCGGGGCAGUAUGGACAAUGGGCUCCUUACCUGGCCAGGCUGGAUAACACAGGUUCCAUCAAUGCUUGGAGCACAGACCGCAGUGAUGCCUGGAUCCAGGUGGACCUUUUGCAUCUCAUGAUUAUUCAUGGCAUAAAAACACAGGGAGCCCGACAGAAGUUCUCCAGCCUUUACAUCUCCCAGUUCGUUGUCUUCUACAGCCUCGAUGGGCGAAUGUGGAAGAAAUACAAGGGGAAUGCCACCAGCACCCAGAUGCUGUUCUUUGCAAACGUGGAUGCAAGUGCCGUGAAGGAAAAUCGCUUCAACCCUCCCAUCAUAGCCCGGUACAUCCGCAUCCACCCCACUCACUACAGCAUCCGGACCACCCUGCGCAUGGAGCUCGUGGGCUGUGAUCUCAACAGCUGCUCCAUGCCCCUUGGAAUGGAGAGCAGAGGGAUCCCUGACCAGCGCAUCUCCGCGUCCUCCUACAGCACCAAUGUCUUCUCCAGCUGGUCGCCCUCCCAGGCCCGCCUGAACCUGCAGGGCAGGACCAACGCGUGGCGGCCAAAGAGUGACAGCCCCAGAGAGUGGUUGCAGGUGGACUUUGAAGUAACCAAGAAGGUGACUGCAAUCAUAACCCAGGGUGCCAAAGCUGUCUUCACCCACAUGUUUGUGAAGGAGUUUGCUGUCUCCAGCAGCCAGAACGGUGUGGACUGGAGCCUGGUCCUACAGGAUGUCAAGGAGAAGAUUUUCAAGGCAAACCAAGACCACACCAGCACAGUGAUCAAUACCCUGGAGCCUCCCCUCUUUGCCCGCUACGUGAGGAUACACCCCCGGCAGUGGCACAACCACAUUGCCCUGCGGAUAGAGUUCCUUGGCUGUGACACUCAGAGUUCUGUAGGUGCCUCUGGUGAGAUGUUCACUACUGGUUGA